GAAUAGAUCACACAAACUAAUACAGGCCUUUUAAACUUAAGUAAUGUAUUGUUAAAGUCCAGAGUGAGAGGAAAUCCCGUUAAAAUUUCUUUCACAAUACAAGUAUUUUCACAGUAGCGUUUGCUGAUAGUGAAAAAUGCCUGUUGGGUUGGUGUAUUGGACACGCAGUGCCAGUGGCGAUGUAAGCGCUGCUAGCUGUUCUUGUGAUGUACAUAACACUGACGAGCUAUGUCUGAGGGUGCAUAAUAUCUGCUGGAAAUCAUACACUACGAUCUAUUGAAAACCUGCCUCAUACGUAUACUUAAGAUGAAAGGCUUUAAUGGCCAUUACUAACAGCAAUACGAAGAUUGAUGUUUAUACAAAACACCAUCAGCUCAGACGGCUUCUGACACGAACGACUCACGCGUACGCCUUUAUUUAAUAUCGUCGUUCAUGUGUUACUAGAAGAUUGCACCUGCUGAUAUGAAUCGGUUUAACAUUUAAUUUUAGACAUAAAUUUGCUUUGCUGAAUUGACUUAGCCUUUUCGUCCAAUAAUAGUUUUAUGUAAUAAAAAGGUUAUUUCUACAAACUUUUCGACAGGCAUAUCUUUGGAAAUUUACGGGGGGGCCUUUCUUCGUUGCUCGUGACGUAAUGGCAAGAUGGCGACCCCCGUGUGCGUCUCAGCAGGAACCGGUACAAAAAAUGGUGCCUGGUGAUACAGGGAACUGGAUGUCGAAAGCAACCCAGACUCUGGCGACUCAUUUCCCCAGUGAAUAUGGAAACGUGUCCCACUCACUGCUUCGCUUACAGUGACAGGGACUUUGUUAGCCAUGUUUGCCGGUCCGAAUGGUGCGCGCAGUGUAGUAAAGCAGGACUUUCCAGAUUUGACGAGACUUUGAGAUCUGGGUGGUCCGCGAAGAUGCGACAGGGGCUGUUCCGCUACGAGCUCGGGGACCUCCAAACACGGGUCCUCCCUGGCGCCUUACGCUUUGUAGCUCAGCUAAACAUCCUGCGGGGCACGGAGAGAAGAAAACCGCAGGAAAUCUCGAGUAUCAGACAACACUUUGACGCGAAACAGUUCAACUUCAACAGAAUACAUUCUGAUGAAAUCGUGUUCGAAAUGAGCAAGGAGGACGGAGGCGCCACAGGCGCAGAGCCGCCAUGGAGCUGUGAGAGACAACGCUCCCACCAGGAUGGGGCAGGGAGGAUGCUGGUUGUGAUCAACGUCAGUCCUCUAGAGUUUGGCCACUGUUUGCUAAUCCCUGACCCGGCUCUGUGCCUCCCGCAGAUCCUCACUCCCUUUGCCAUCCAAAUUGGAAUGGAGUCAAUUUUCUUAAGUUCUCACCCAGGAUUCCGGGUGGGAUUCAAUAGUCUGGGGGCAUUUGCCUCUGUGAACCACUUACAUCUACACUGUUACUAUUUGGAUCACGAGCUGAGAAUUGAAUCUGCUCCAACCAAACCUCUAGUGCCUGACAAGGCGUUCCAUUGCAUGACUGACUUCCCCCCUGGGUUUGUCUUCUACACAGAAGGAGAACACUUGGAAGGGAUGGCUGCUACCAUUUGUCAGUUGACUGACUAUUUAGCCGAGAGAAAUAUUGCGCACAAUCUGUUUCUGACUCGGGGUUGCCCUCCAAAAAGCUGCUGUUCCCCUUCCGUCGAGCGUUCUGGUGUGCGAAUUUUGAUAUGGCCACGGUUGUCUUGCUUUGGAGCUAAGGAGGAGUCGGCCUUCAACGUUGCUCUUUGUGAACUUGCGGGUCACUUGCCUUUUAAAAGCCGGGAAGAUUUUGACACCAUUGCUGAAAAAAAAGUGAAAGGCAUUAUUGAAAAAUACCUACUGCCUGAAGAAGCAUUUCUACAAUUAGAAAUGGAACUCGCAAAAUAUUUACAAACAAUUUAGACCAAUAAUUACUUGAGGGACAUGCAUGUUGAAAUAAGUAUAGGAGAAGUGUAAUUUAUAGCGCUAUUUUUUUCUGUGUAUUAAACCUAUUUAUCAACUGUAUAUGUGAACUUUUAAUUAUAAAUAACGAAAUGGUUCAGGAUUUUUAAAUGUGUUUAAUGGAUUUUAAUAUUUUAUAUGGACGUUAUGUGGUGGAAUGUUUAAUUUUCUAAAACGCGUGUAUGUUCUUGAUGGUGGAACCUGCUGCUGCAAAAUUAUUGAUCAGUCGGGGAACUGGUGACUUAACAGAUAU